AUGCAGAUCCCCCAGUGGAGCGAUCUCGCUCCCUGGACCAAAGGAUCUGCCGCUCAAUACGCGCCACUUGCCCAUGACUCUGACACAGAUGAAGUUGAGUCGGGCCUGCUGUCGACCGAGAAGAGGCUACCAUCCGCCACUGCCCGUGGCCCGAUCACCAACAAGAUUGUUGCAACAUUCCUGGCUCUUCUUCAGCAACUAUGGAUGGCGACGCGGCCAGUUAUUCUGUCACCCCACGGAAAACGCAAGCUGCAUCCAACAUCAUGGCUGGACGGCGUGCGAGGCCUCGCGGCAUUCUUUGUCUUCUUCAGCCAUGGCAUUGAUGUUCGGUGGUCUAUGUCUAGGGGAGGAUGGACGCAUGGCGACUUCUUCCUACGAAUGCCUAUUUUCCGCAUCUUCUACUCUGGCCCAGGGAUGGUGUCGGUGUUCUUCAUCGUCAGCGGAUACGCCAUCAGCUACAAGCCACUCCUUCUGGCACGGGCACGAGAACAAUCCAAGGUCUUUGAUUGUCUUGUGUCCUCGACGUUCCGACGUGGCAUCCGACUGUAUUUCCCCUGCGCCGCUUUCGUCAUCAUUGGGGCCUUGAUCAAGUACUGUCACCUCGAGUAUCGUCCCAAAAAGACGGACCCUCGAGCAGAGUCACUUCUGUCAACGAUCUGGUGGAUGGUUCAGGUCAUCAUUCCUGGCCUGAACCCCUUGACCCUCGACCGCCGCUGGAUGAACAGCACGUUCAAGGACUUUGAGCCCGUCAUGUGGACGAUCCCGGUCGAGUUCCGUGGCUCGGUAUGUGUCUUCAUACUCAUCUUGGUGGUGGCAAAGGCCAGCCGUGCGAUGCGCCUGGGCGCACUAAUUGUCAGCCUCGCGUACCUCACCUGCGUCGGUCAGUGGGACAUAUUCUUGUUUGUCAUGGGCACUUUCGCCUGUGAGAUUCACCAUCGACGUCAAUUACCGACACAUGACGAGCACGAAACCAAAACCACCAACGUCUUUUCCCGAGUUGUGCGUUCCAUCGGCCUCUUCCUCGCCCUCUUGCCAAUCACUUUUCUCCUAUCUCAACCAGAGACCAUGUGGAAGAACGGCGACGUCUGGUUGUAUGACUGGUUGGCGGCUCAUACGCCUGGCGCCUGGGCCAACAACAUGGAAGCCGGCAGCCUCUGGAGAUGUGCGGCGGCCGUGUCACUGAUCUUCCUGGUAGAAUACUCUUCGACCUUGCAAAAGUUCUUCAUGUCGCGACCCAUCCAGUACCUAGGGGACAUCUCAUUUAUGCUCUACUUGCUGCAUCCCUGGUUGCUGUCGACGAUCGGCAAGAGAUUAGUACACAUCAUAUUUCCUCUGACGGACAAGCUCGGAUGGGGCAUGAUCUCAGAGACCAUAGGUGUGGUGAUAUUGCUUAUAUGCUUCAUGCCCAUUUUGUUCUGGGGGUCAGAGAUUGCGACCAAGUUCAUCGACCGCAAGGGGGUGGAUUUUGCCCGAUGGGCUGAAGAUCGUUUUUACGGCGUCCAGAGACCAAUUGGUCCUCCCAAGGCCAGCUGA